AUGGACUACUCAACCAUGUUCCAGAGCAGCUUCUACUAUACUGCGUCCUACACCACUGGGUUCCCAACACUGCCUUGUUUUGAAGAUGUACGAGAUGCUGCAACUCCGCCGAUGUUUCUUGGCCUUCCCAUGCCCACUCAGCCUCAGUACUACUCCGCAUUUCCUCCUAGUUAUUACCAACUAACUACUCCCUUACCGGAGUAUCCACAGUUACCGGCAUAUCCAACACCAGCUGUCUCUGCCUUUAAUACCAGUCACUUCUCACUCACCGACGUGGCUAGUGUGGCUAGCACUUCCUACUAUUCUGAUACUACAACUCAUGAUUCGUGGUUGGAACAUUCCCUGACAAGCGUCGACUCCAACGAUGAUGUUGUUUCUAUAGCCGGGGAUUGCUUUGGCUCUCCAGAAACUCCGCAGAGAUUCGCUGGGAAUUUUGCUCCUUCAUAUAGGGGAGCGAGUCCGGUGCUGCUUUAUCAGAUCCCGUCUACUGAUCUGUGCUACGUUUACAAUCAAAUUCGGACUGUCGAUGGAUCGAAAGGGCAUUAUGUUUGUAGAGAAUGCUACCUGAAGAAGAAGUAUGUUCCUGCCAAG